AUGCAUAUUCUGAAGUUUCCCUGGCUCACGCACACGGAAGAGAAGCGGAAGUACGAGGUAUUCUCCGUCUCUGUGUCGGCGGAUGGUCAGCGGCUUGCUUCUGGGGGUCUUGACGGCAAAGUCAGAAUUUGGUCCGUGGAGACAUUGAAGAAGUACAAGCAGGAAGUGUCUCAGAAGGAGCCGGAGAAUGAUCUUUUGGAAGUCGAAUCCGGCCUGAAUGGCGGCUCGGAGGAGCCGUUAGCAAAUGUCGUUGAUUUUGACCCGACUAUAUGUCGUCCUCUGUGCUCCAUGGGCCGUCACACGGGAGCAGUGACAUGUGUGAGGUUUUCUCCCACGGGGCGCUUUCUUGCGAGCGGUUCUGACGACAAGGUGAUCUUGAUCUGGGAGAAAGACGAGGAGAAAACGCGGAUUAUGGCCCAGAACAUGGAGCAUCGUCUCCAGUUUGGUACAGACUUGGAAACGGCAGAUCUGGAGCAUUGGACAGUGCGAAAGCGUCUUGUUGCUCACGACAACGAUAUCCAGGACAUGGCGUGGGCUCCCGAUGCGUCUAUAUUGGUUACAGUCGGGCUGGACCGCUCGAUUAUCGUGUGGUCCGGAAUAACCUUUGAGAAAAUCAAAAGAUUUGACAUUCAUCAGUCUCAUGUGAAGGGUGUGGUUUUUGAUCCGGCGAACAAGUACUUUGCCACCUGUUCAGACGACAGAACGUUGAGGAUCUUUAGAUACCAUAGAACGUCUCCGACGGAGAUGUCCUUCACCGUGGAGUCCAUCAUAAGAGAGCCGUUUCGCAAGACUCCGCUAACGACGUACUACCGACGCUGUUCGUGGUCUCCAGACGGCCAAAAUAUUGCGUCUCCAAAUGCCAUCAAUGGUGGUCUGUGCUCGGUUGCCAUUAUAGAGCGAGGCAGCUGGGCCAGCGAUAUCAGUUUGAUUGGGCAUGACGCGCCUUGCGAGGUAUGUUCGUUCUCGCCGCGGCUAUAUGAAAUAGAAGGGACUUCCAGGAAAGAUAAAGAGUCAGAAAUAUCAACUGUACUUGCGACUGCCGGCCAGGACAGGACGUUGGCUAUAUGGAGCACGGGUGCCGCGACGCCGCUCGUGGUUGCUGCGGAUAUUUCUAUGAACACCAUUACAGAUUUGGCCUGGGAUCCUAACGGAGAGAUUCUUUUUUUGUCUUCUCUUGACGGUUCCAUAAUGACGGUUUUCUUUGAUCAGUACGAACUGGGUACUGCUAUCCCGGUCGACCAGCAUGACAGCGUCUUGAACAAGUACGGCGCCGACAGAGACAGCAUGGUUUUCCCAGAAAGUGUUGAACAGUUGGAGCUGGAAGAAAAAGCCGAGGCCAUACUAAAGACCAAAGCACCCUCGACCAAGCUAGACAGACUUAUGGAAAAAAUGGAGUCGAUGGAGCCUUUGGGCCAGACAGGCAUGUUUGCGCAGCCUGAACUGAAGACCCAGGCAGCACCGCAAGUGAACAUGUUGGUGCCGCGAUCAAAAAAGCAUCCCGAUAAGGUGAUGCCUACAAUUAAAAACAAACCCGUGAGCACACCGGCAAAGCCCACGCCCAACAUUUUGACACCCAGCUCACAGAAAGUGACUCUGACGAAGUCUGGCAAAAAACGUGUUGCUCCCAUGCUAAUUUCUGGCUCCCAGCCUACGCAAAACCUGCCAAAGCCUUCUCCAGUGGUCAAACGUGAGCCAAAACACCAAUCGCAGCUUUCGAAACCGGCCGUCAAGAUCCCAAGACUGGGAUUGCAAACCAUGGUUUCGUCUCUGCGGGACAACGUUGUCAGUGAAGCGCCGAUUGGAGAUCACGAUGCCGAAAACGAUAUCGAUCACAUUUCUGAGAUCACGCACGCUCCCAAAAGGCCGAUAUCUACCCGCUCGUCUACAGCCAAGAGAAAAAGAGAGGUGGAAACUCCUCAAUAUCUUGCUACGUCGAUGGUCACUCCAGCUACCAUAUUUACCGACAUGAGAGUGCAGCCUCGAGUGCUGUUGGAAUUCAAGGGACCCGAUCUUGCCAGCGGCGUGGUAAUGGAGAUACGCAACAGCGCAGAGGACGAUGCUGAGGAAGAAGUCGAUUACGACGACCUUGAGGAGUUUAACUCUAUCAACAAAUUAUCCGUGUUCCAUGCAAAGGAAAAGUUAGAGCAGUUCCAAUUUUUUUACAACCAUAAGUUCACCGCUGCCUGCAGCUCCUCGUUUGUGGAUGCCAAUGAGCGCCAGGUAGACUUCUGGGCCGUCGCAACCGAGACGGGAGUGGUAUUCAUACUGUCAGAUUUCGGCCGUCAGCUCUUGCCUCCAUUUCAACUGGGAAAUAAUCUGACACAUUUGCUCAGCAAUAAACAGUACAUUAUGGCCGUCACGUCGUCGGGCUUGUUUUACAGCUGGGACGUUGAGGAACGAGCAAGUAUCCUGUCUGCAGUGUCAAUAUCUCCCAUUAUCAACCAAUUUGCCGAAAUUGACUCCAAAAGGUUUGAGAAUUCAGUCAAGGUUGCUUCCAUCCUCCUCAACUCCAACGGCUGGCCCAUAGUAACCUUAAGCAACGACCACGUAUUUAUCUUCAACCCACAACUCGAGUCCUGGAUAAACGUGCUGGAUCCCUGGUACUUUCAAAACGUUCCCCAGAUAGAUGUUGAUCCUGCCGGCUUCAGGUCUAGAACAUACCGCAUACUCUACAAACGACUGGCACGCAACUACAAGCCCAACGGCAGUCUUGAUAAGCCGGCUGCCGACGUGGUCAAUGACACCUUCAAGUCUCUCAAUACGCUUAUCUCGGAAUCCAUCUGA